UACUACUACUACUACUACUACUACUACUACUACUACUACUACUACUACUACUACUACUACUACUACUACUACUACUACUAUUGUUACUAUUUCAUCUCCUUUCGAUAAAAAUGUUUACGUCGAUUUCGUAGGUGGUACUAUAUGCGCAAACUUUGCAUAACGGCUUUGCUGUAUUGCGUUGCGUUAUUUUACUGCGAUAGGUGAAAAGAAGCAAAAAAAAAAAAAAAAAGAAGAAAAAAAUAUAGGUGACUUUUGGACACUAUUAUCCCGAAUAUUUCCUUUCGCAUAUUUAUAUGUAUAUAUCUUUUUUCCCCUCUCCUUUCUUCGCGAGAUUCGUAAUCGAGAUAAAACCCGCAGCCGUCUCUGACAGUGUUUCGUUGUAGAUACCACGUUAAAAUUUCCACAGCUGUGUACAUGAAAUCGGAGAAAUUCUGGAUUCUACUGUCCAACUGUUCACUCAGGCAACGAAUACAUAUGACGUGUCGGUGUAAGUUAUUAGUCUUGUGCAGUUGGAAGUAAUAUGUUCAUUUACGAAUAAUGUGGUGGACAGAGAUUAUGCAAGUAACAACUAUACACGAAAGUAUUUUCAUACUUGUUUCUCUCCUAGUUAUAACGCUAUUUUUAUACAUAACAGAGUGAUGUUGACCGCCGAGCAAUCACAAUGUCAUUAAUUCCAUGUGUGUUAUUAUCUUUUUUUUUUUUUUUCCUCUUUCCUUUUGUAUAUUGUGAACCAACAGGUGUUCGAGCAACGCGAUCGAAUCUAAACGAUGUGUAGCUAUUGUCGUAUGUUUCAUAUUUAAAAGAAAGAAAGAAAAGAUGAUGUCCACCGUUUCGUAACUGGUAAAUGUAUAAAUUCAAGUGCGGUAUUAUGAUUUAGGACGUAUUAGCAUCUUUAGAGGAAAUAGGAAAGUGGUAUAAUAAACGAGACUAUUUAUUAACGUGUGUUAAGUAUUUAUUUUUUAUGUUAAAUCUCUCGAAAGGACAGUCACAUUUGUACGGUACAAAAUACCUUUAAAUAUUGUUUGGUCCUCUAAAGUAUAUCGGACGAGCAGCCUUAGAAAACAUUUAUGGAUCUACGCAGAGUGGAAUGAUUAGACAAAGAUCAAUUAAAGUGUAGUGCGAAGAAAUGUGAGGGGCUACGAAUAGUGGAUCAUUACAUAUUAUGUAAAAAGAAAAAAAAAAAAAAAAGUGGCGUUUGACUGUGACUGCAAUCAUUAUUACGAAAAGAAUGCGCAAUUACAAAGCACACAUACGAGCGAGAGCGGGAGAGUGAGAGAGAGAGAGAGAGAGAGAGGGAGAGAGAGAGAAAGAGAGAAAGAGAGAAACAUUGUAAGCCAUAUGUUACUCUGUACAACACGCAACAAUGUCAACGAAAGAAGAAAAUAUAAUCGGUAAACGUAAAUCGCUACCGAAUAAAAUUGUUGCGUGCGGUAGAUCAUAGUUUUCUUUCUUUCGUAAUUUUUUACGUUACGCGUGUUUGAAAACUCGAAUCUUGUUCAAUUUGCUCUUGGUGAAAAACAAAAAGAUUUAUAUACGCUAAUCGUGUGGUGUCCGCCUGGAGCAAUUUUCUGUUUAAGGUAAAACGAAAGGAUAAAAUACUGAUACUCGAAGGAAAAAGAAAAAGGAGCAUUGAGUUAUCGUAUGCGCGUGAGACGAUUGUGAGGCAGAGGGAAGAAGGAAAGUAAACGAGAGAACUAGAGAGGGGAGAGAGAUAGAAAACGAAGAGCACACGCGUAGGUGGCAAAUUUUCGUGGGCAAAAAACUAGGUGGGAUGGCAAAAAAAAAAAAUGUCUUCUAACUUUUAUGAAUGUUAUUUAAUCGAGAAGCGUCGCUUGUCGUUGAAUCGAGAACGCAGACAAGACGUGUAUAGAGGGACGAAAAAAGAAAAGAAGAAAAGAAAAAAAAAAGAAAAAAGAAAAUAAAAGAGCAAAGAAGGAAAAGAACAAACUACAGAAAGCACAAUAAUAUUGCGCUUUCAAUACGAGUCUCAAUGGCUGUGUUUCAUUUUUCUACGGCGAAUGACGCUCGUUGUAUCAUUCACUUGUAACUCUAAUGAUACUGCUAUAUAUCUACUUCACUGAGAUGGCGGGCAAAUGGCAAACGUGUGAAAGAGUUAAGAAACGGAACGAUGAAUGUACCAUUUUGUCGGUCUCUUAAUUAAUAAUUGCACAUUUACACGCUACAUUAGGUGAACCGAGAAAAAUACGAGAAGUAGGAAAAAAAUCUGCAAACAACUGUACGUCGUACGGCUAUUGAAUUAAGUAAUAAAAAUAAAGUGUCUGAAAUUUAAAAGCGAAGUCAACUUAACCUUAUAAAGUGUAUGAUAUAUACAUAUACAUAUGCAUAUAUACGUAAUAUAUAUAUAUACACUUGACGUUCAUUAGUAAUAAGUUACGGUCGCAUUGUGGAUAGCAUGUGCUUCUUGCGCUUGGGUAAAGCAACAUGUGUGUUCCGUGAAGAAUGAUUGUAGAGUGUCAAUAUUGUUACAAAUACCUCAUAAGAGACGAUGGAUCACAUAUAUUAUUUAAACGUCGUUCAUUCAGUGAUUCAUUCGUUUAUUUAUAGUAUUAUGCAAAGUGACAGGAGAAUUCUAUUAAAUGAAUCGUAUAAUAAAGAAAGGAAAGAUUAUGCAGUGUAGAGUCUCUCUUUAUACAUUAUAUACGUGUAUGAUAUGCCUUUUUACCCUGCUGUUCGCAUGAAAAUUCAAAUGUUUCAUCGUUUUUCAAACAAGCCGUUGUUGCCAAGAUAUUUUGCAUUACAGUUUUACUAUUUUUUUUUUUUCUUUUUUUUUUUUGCGAAUAUGCGUAAGUAGUUCCUUUUUAUAUUUUAACAUAAAAAAAUUGCAUAAUCUUUUAUACCGUACAAUUUUUAAUUCAUGCAAUUUCAGUAAGAUAAUUACCUGUGUGUUCUCACAUUCGUAUCGGCGAUGAAGACUAUUAUAAAAUGUUUAGUUUUCAUGGGUAUAGAAAAAUAUUGAUUUAUAUAAAAUAUCCUAAAUCACUAUUAAAAAUAUACAUAUCGACCACACACAGAUAAUUUUCAUGCAUGUACCUUCAUUAUUUUAUAUAUCUAGAAGAGAAGGGGAGAAUAUGUUUUAGAGAAGCAAAUAAAUUUUAAAUGAAUUCUCACACGCGAAUUUCUUGAUUUUAAUCGGGUCAAAAGGUUAGAGCAUUAAAUUUAAUUAUAAGGUCUAGGUAAAGGAUAAACUACUGUUAGCGAUAAAUUUAUAGUUUAGGAAACAGAUAAUCCUAGUUGGGUAUCUUUAUAUGGUAGGUGUAUUAUCUGGAACUGGAGUACAAGGGAUCGUAACCGCUGAUGACGAAACGCCAAUUCUGUUGGGAGUAACUUGGACCAAUCGUAUAAGACCACGAUCGCAAUGGCGGCGUGGCUGAACAGUUUUGCGUUAUCGGGUGGUUAGGUAGAGGCUUCUAAAGCCAGCAAGUUUGUUUUCUUAUGUAUUAGAAUAUUCAUAUUAUCGUGGCUCAGUUUUUUAUUCAGUCAUGUAUCAUUGUGGUUUAUUAUUGGUCUUAUUGGAUCUGUCUUUAGAUGUGGUUGGGAGUGUUUCUCAAUUAGAAAUUGACAGGCAUUUGGAAUUAGGUAGAGAAUUUUUAGCAAAAGGACAGUUACAGGAUGCGCUGUCACAUUAUCAUGCAGCUGUUGAGGGAGAUUCAAAUAACUAUCUAACAUAUUAUAAAAGGGGCACAGUUUAUCUAGCAUUAGGUAAAGCCAAAUUUGCUCUCCUUGAUCUUGAUAGAGUCUUGGAAUUGAAGCCAGAUUUUACUUCCGCCAGAUUACAGCGUGGCAAUGUAUUGCUUAAACAAGCCCAAUUUGAAAAAGCCGAGGCCGAUUUUCGAGAUGUUUUAGCAGUUGAACCGCAGAAUUCAGAUGCCUAUAACGCCUUAUAUAAAAUAGCACCUGUCCAAGAAGAUCUGUUAGUUAUAGACAGAUUAAUGACGAAUGGUGAUUAUGCAGCAGCCGCGCAACAAAUUUCCAGAGUUAUCGAAGUAUGUCCAUGGUCAGCCGAACUUAGGGAACGUAGAGCUGAAUGCUACGAAGCACUCGAAGAUUAUGUUAGUGCUAUUUCUGAUAUACGUUCUACAACCAAGUUACAAUCUGAUAAUACGCAAGGAUUUUUAAAAUUAUCCACCUUGCAUUAUCGUCUUGGACAAGUCGAAGAAUCUUUAAAGGAAAUUCGAGAAUGUUUGAAACUUGAUCCGGAGCAUUCAAAGUGUUUUUCAUUUUAUAAGAAAGUUAAGAAAGUGGCAAAACUAUUAACAGAUUCGAAUGAGUAUGAGAAUGAAAGAGAUCACGCUAGUUGUAUAGAUUCUGCUCAAUCUGUACUUAAACUUGAACCACAAGUAGCUAAUGUGCGUUUCAUUGCUCAUCAGCAUCUUUGUAAAUGUUAUACUGGUAAUUCAGAAGCAAGUCAAGCAAUAAAAUAUUGUCACGAAGCGUUAAAAAUAAGAAAAGAAGCUGCAGUAUAUUGCGACAGAGCGGAAGCCUAUCUCGCUGCUGAGAUGUUUGACGACGCGAUCAGAGAUUUUAAAGAAGCUUUGGAAAUUGAUAUGAGUCUACAAAGGGCGAAGCAAGGUCUUCAUAAAGCGCAACAACGACAAAAACUUUCUGAAUCACGAGAUUAUUACAAAAUUUUGGGUGUGUCAAGAACAGCAUCUAAACGUGAUAUUAUCAAAGCAUAUAGGAAAGCUGCGCAAAAAUGGCACCCCGAUAAUUUUCAAGAAGGGGAGGAGAAGAAACGAGCAGAGAAACGAUUUAUUGACAUUGCAGCUGCCAAAGAAGUGUUGACUGACGAUGAAAAAAGAGCGAAAUUUGAUCAAGGAGAAGAUCCAUUAGAUCCUGAAUCAGGGAAACAUCAACAAGGUUUCAAUCCCUUCCAAGAAUUCCAUCACUUCCAUGGCUCUCCCUUCCAAUUUAAGUUCCAUUUUAAUUAGUAAUCUUUGUUCAUUUUCACGGUAUUAGGUCAAAUAAAAUUCCUAAUUUUUCAUAGUAUGAAAAUAUUAAAUCGCUAUGUACGCAAUAUGACAUUUGCCAGCUGAAAUUUAAUUUUGCUAAUCUACCUCGUCGGUAGUCAAUAUGUCUUGUAUCUGCAUUGAAUCAGAAGACUGUAUACGGAAAAUUAUUAAUCAAUCAGUAAGUCAAGUAAAAGUGACCAAUAAUAAUAAUAAUAAUAAUAAUAAUAAUAAUAAUAAUAAUAAUAAUAAUAAAUGAUAAACAUGAUAAACAAAUGAUGAAUCGUGAUGACACGUGAUUAAAUAUUAUGUUGUUGUCCGAAUCACACGAACUACAAAAUAUCCUCUCAUUGUCAGUUUUCAGUCAAUAACUUGUUAUUGAAAUUCAAUAUAUACAUAAUGUAAAUAACGUAUGCAUAUAAUUUAAUAUGUUAGUUAUAAUAAUAAUAAUAAUAAUUUAUAUAAUAUGGAUUGUAAUAACUUUGAGUGAAUUGACUUACUGAAUAACUAAUAAACGAUAUACUUGAUGCAGACUGAACGUAUAAUCAGUUUUCGGCGAUGUGAAUAUUCGGUACCGUCGAUACUAUAUAUAGACUAUAUAUAGAUUUCGUACCAUUCGAAACGAAAGUCGUGAUCGAACUCGCAUUUUAAUAAAACUAUAGGAUAUAUGGCGGCGAUAAUGUUGCUGCUACCUAAAUGUUACAGCGGUGGGCUGUGGAUUAUUGAGUUUAGCUUGAAAUCAUGCGACGAAUAGAUGGAGCAAAUACUAUUGAAGCCAUUUUUGGUAAUGUAACGAUCGAGUACAGGUACACUUGAGGAUGGAUAGCGGAAUUAUGUUAUGGAGUGAUUGUAUUCGAUGUUAAUAAACACAUGUAGGGCAAUGCUGUGUGCGUGUUGUAUUCGCAUGAGUGUGAGAGAACUUUAUGUAAAUACUGUAUCUCUAUUAUUUGUUUAAAUAUAUUUGAUUAAUUUAUA